UCAUUAGUGAUAUAAAAUUCAUGGACCCCUCGUUCGAAAAACAAUCACAAGUUUUUGUUUUUAUCGUGACAACGGUGAUUAAUUUUGUGCAAACUCCCAGCAAUUUUUGCGAUUUUCUCGUGCAUUUGCGAUUGAAAUCGCCCAAAAAUGGAAUCCAAAGACGACGACUACUGGAACGACUCGGCCAACAAAUCGUUCAACUUUGACGAGGAUGACGUGGCCAUUCUGGAGCUGCCCACUGGGGCCGGUAACCGCCGCAGCCUGUUUGGAGAGGAUACGGCCUCGGAAGCCAACUUUGCCAGCGUCCAAAGUGAACUGCCGCUGCACAUGAUCAUCUCGGAGGCCGAUCUCACGUCCAUCCUGGAGGAUCAGUCCCGAAACGAGAUGCCUCUUCUGUCGCCGAAAGGGAUCAGCGUGGAGGAGGAAGUGAAAUUGCUUCGCAAGAAGCUGCAGGAAUUUAGUUUUGCUCCGUCGGCGGCGUCCGUCGUGGCGAAGCUUAUUUUGGGUAAAUGUUGCUCCCUGGAAAUGUUCCGCUCGCUGCAGGAAAAGGAAGCCCUCCUGGACGAGGCCGUGGCCUGUGGCAAUGGGAAUGGGAUAUUGAAAGUGGUUCUCUUUUUGGAGAAGACUUUGAAGAAAAAGCUGCUGUAUCGAUUGCUUCAAACGAGGCCGGAGGCGGUUAAUCAUUAUGUGAAUUAUAUGGCACUGAGGCUGCAGGUCACCGAAUGUACGGACCUAUUAACGUACCUCGGAAGACAUCACGAAGCCAGCUUACUUCAAUUUUCCAUCUAUGUACGAAGCACAUCGAACAUCGAAUUCAAACGACAACGGUUGAAAAAGAUCUACUCGGACUACUUUUCUCAACCAGGAGCAAAUAGCUUCUACGCUCAACUAGUCGCCAAUUACAUCAAUUUACUAGAGCUCCAGGUAGUGGAACAACACUCGAACAGCUCAACAGCCGGCUCCAUUCUAGACCGAUCCGUGCUGGAAACCCUGUACUACAUCUGCGGCCGCCACAAAUGGGGAGAUACCUCCCACCAACACAGCAACGAGAACCCCUUCAAACUGGCCGAAGCCCACCAGGUGGCGCAGUCGCAGUUCGAGUGGGUGGCCCUGAACGAGCGAGCCAAGCGCCAGGCGUGGAUGGACUUCGAUCACAUAUUCGAGAAGAAGGCGUGGCUCAAUCUCACAAAGCAGAAAUCUCUCAACAUUCACAUUCCCAUCGAUCGGACAAUCCUAAGGCUGUUCGCGCUGCACGCACCGGAUCCGGUGCUGAACAACUUUCUCGACAAAGUGGAAGAUCCUCAGCGAAGGCUUGCCCUGGCACGGCGAGUCAACGCCCGGAGAGGGAUUGUGGAUGCACUGGUGGCCUUGAAGGAUCGCCCGGAGUUGGAAAACUUUGCACGGUCGCUCGAGGGCGGAACCGAGGAGAGGUACUACGCGGACAAAGCUUUGAAGUCAUUGAACAACAAGUGGAAAAGUGAUGCCAUCAAGUUGAUCAAAUAAUUUGCCUUCUUGAAGUAUUAAUAGUUUCGGAUUUUUUUUAAUAA